CUUGCACGCAGGACAGAGAGCAAGAAAAGCUUGGUGGUUUAGAGGAGAGAGGAGAGGAUAUGAAGGUGGGCGGUGCAGUGGUUGCCGGAAGUCCACGUGCCGCCGCUUUGCCCUUUUUACUUCUCGGCCGCCGCAGCCCUACUUUUCGAUGCUACUCCUCUUCAUCUUCUGACCAUGUGUCAUUUAUCAAAGAUGUAGCUGCCACUCAACCGCCUGAGCAUUUGCCUCAUCUUUUGAAAAUGCUUCAGGUGAGAGGCGAACCCAUAAUUCCUCCUGGAGCUAAACAAGGGUUUAUCCCCUUGGUGAUUCCUCUUGCAAAAGGCAACUCAGGUUCUGUAACUGCAUUGCUGCGAUGGCCAACUGCUCCACCUGGGAUGGAUAUGCCAGUGGUGGAGGUUCGUAAGUACGGUGUGUGGCUUUUAGCCAAGAAUGUAGACCAGUAUAUUCAUAGAAUCCUCGUUGAAGAAGAUGCCAAAAAUUCUCUGGAAAGUGUCAAUGAACUGUUUCAUGCUGCAGCUGAUGCUGGGGAGAACGUCUAUAAGAAGGGCGACUUUGCAGCGUCAAAAGUUUCGAACUUAGACAUAUAUCUCCUGAAAAAGGUUGGCCUGUUUCCCGACCUCAUAGAACGUAGGGUGAUGAACCAUUUUGAAAAGGGUGACCAUGUUGCAGCCAUGGUAACUGGGGAGUUCUAUACAAAGAAGGAGCAUUUUCCAGGAUUUGGACGCCCUUUCGUAUUUAAUGCAGAGAUUUUGCUGAAGGUCGGCCGUAAAAAUGAAGCUAAAAAUGCUGCGAGGGGGGCUCUGAAAUCACCAUGGUGGACUUUAGGUUGCAAAUAUAAGGAAGUUGCUGAUAUUGCUGAAUGGGAGGAUGAACAAAUUGAAUACAUAGAAGAUAAGGUGUCGGAGGAAGGCAAGCAAGAAGAUCUGAAGAAGGGAAAGGAACCGGCUCAGAUUGCAUUGGACAAGGCUGCCUUUUUGUUAGAUUUAGCCUCUGCUGAAGGGAAAUGGGGUGAUUUCUUGGAUCGAAUAGCGGAGUGUUACAAGGAAGCGGGACUCCAUGACAUUGCUAGAUUUGUACUAUAUAGAGAUUGAGUACUGACUACAACUUUGUGGCAUUCACAGCUAUUAUUACAUUUCAAAUUUUAUAUUUUGUUCUUUUUUGCCCCCCAGUAAGCAUGGGUUAUCCCACAAGCCCUAUCAAAAAAUCAAAAUAGUAGAUUACGGGGAGAACUGUGCCAAUUGUUUUCUUCAGGGGGUUGGCUGCGGCCUAGAGAGAGUUGAGGGCUGUUAAGUGUACUUUAUGGCCUGUAUCUACGAUAAGAUUUCACUUAGACAUGUAUGCAUAUUGUUAAUGGUUAAUGUACCAAA